UUGACGUUUGUAAGCCAAAUGACUCACGUUUCAGGAGUGUUAUUGAUUGAUUAAAAACCAAAUUACAAUAACAAUUAUCAGUACUAAUAAAUUUACCAAAAAUUAAAGUGUAUGGUCUAGUUUGUUUGCCUUUGUAGGACACGGUAAUAAGGAAAAUAUGGAUAGUUUUUCGUAUCAAAACGGAGGACAGAGCAGAGAGCAAGAUUUCCAAAAGCUGUCUCAAACUAUUGGAACGAGUAUACAAAAAAUAUCACAAAAUGUUUCUUCAAUGCAGCGUAUGGUUAAUCAAAUUGGUACUCAUCAAGAUUCACCUGAGUUAAGGAAACAACUUCAUUCAAUUCAGCAUUACACUCAGCAACUUGUCAAAGAUACCAAUGGAUACAUUAAAGAUCUCAAUGCUAUUGCACCGUCCCUAUCCCAAUCAGAACAAAGACAAAGGAAAAUGCAGAGAGAACGACUGCAGGAUGAAUUUACAGCAACGUUAAAUAUGUUCCAAGCUGCCCAAAGAAGUACGGCUCAAAAGGAGAAGGAGCAAGUCAAUAAAGCCAAAGCCCAAGCAUAUGGUGAACCAUUCUUAAGUGGAUAUAAAAAAGAUGAGCAAUUAAUUGAAUUACAAGACAGCAGUGCUGCAAGGCAGCAAGUACAAAUGCAAGAAGAAUCUGAAUUAAGAGCUUUACAAGAACAGGAACAAUCCAUUAGGCAACUGGAGAGUGACAUCAAUGAUGUUAAUCAAAUUUUCAAAGAGCUUGGUGCUCUUGUACAUGAGCAAGGAGAGGUAAUUGAUAGUAUUGAAGCCAAUGUGGAGAGAACUAGUGACUAUGUACGAGAUGGCGCACAACAAUUAAGGGAAGCCAGUUCUUACAAGAACAAAAUUAGGAGAAAGAAGUUGAUUAUUGGUAUUGUUGCAGCUGUGAUUUUAAUAAUUAUAAUCAUAAUUAUUAUAUGGAAGACUUCUUAAUGAUGAUACAUAAAAAUGCAUGGCAAAGUAUAUUAUUGAUUAUUGUAUAUACUGUAUUAAAUUAAGUUAUACAAAACAUAUUUUUCCUGAAAGGAUAUUGCCGCAGUUUAAAUUUAGUACCAGGUCAUUUUGUUUAAACUGCUUUGAUAAAAAUGUGGUAAUUAUUCUCAAAAUAUUAAAAUUCAUGUUUGCGUUAUUAGUGUUAUCUUGAUUUUAAUUCCACUAUUGUUUAAUAUGUAUUAUAUUUUAUUACGUCAGAUAUAAAUAGAAACUUAUGUUUAGUAUUAGUUCGUACUGUAUGUUGUUAUUUAUCUACUGAUAUUAAUUCAGACUAUAACUGCUUUAUCCACACUUUUUUUAUUAUUUAAGAAUAUAUAAGUGCAUAUGCUUGAGAGAUUGCGAUUAAUCGAAAUCACUUGGUUAGUAAUAUGUCCUACAGAACUUAAUAUAUAUAAUGAAAUAAAUUGUUAUUCACUGAGUUUUUA